AUGAUGAUGGUCUCCCGCAUCGUCUUCCAGGCAAUCCUCGCCUUGGGUAUUUAUUCCCUGGCUACUUUCGCCCUGGCCGAGGACCUAACUAUCACAAAGGCUGAAACCUUCCCGGUCAUCGCCAUCGAGGCCGGUCUUACCGCUCGCGAUGACACGAUCGCCCCUCACGACUGCGGCGAUAUUCUCAGGCGCGGCAUCACCCCUCAGAUCGACUGCUCCUACUCGGAAGAGAACUGUGGUUUCCAGGACGACAUUGAAUACAUCAUCCGCAUCAAGCCUAUUGGCAAGGUCAGCACCCACUGGUGCGGCAUGAUGCGGGCGCAGGUUGCAAAGGAGACCAAUUCCUAUAUCGAGGAGAUUGUGAUGAAGAAGUGCGACCGCACUUACGAGGCCAACGAGAAUGGCAAUGGCAUGUGGCUUGUCCUCAACAUUCAGCACAUCCACUUUCUCGGUGAUCGGCGCCCUGAUGUCGAGCGUGCUAUCAGGAACACCAUGUGCCCUGGUGGUCCAAAGCUGGACUAUUGGUUCAAUGAGGGUUGCUACCGCUCCAGUAUCUGUAGCAAGCGCUACUGGAAUGUCGAUAAGCGUCGCAGCUUGCCUGACGCCCUCGAGCAGAUCUCUUACCCCAAAGGACGUGAUGUCCUCAAGGUCCGCCCCGAGAUCGAGAAGCCUGUCACCGCCCUAGCCGCUACCAAUGUUGUCGCCACCACUUAG